AUGGGCGACGGCGCGGGGUCCCUGCACUGCUGCCUCGGGCUCCUGGGCAUUGCCGCAGGAUCACUUCUGCUGGCUGUGCAUUUCUACAGCUCAGCCAGAGCAGCCCCUCUGAUCCCCAGCACAGCUCUUGGAGUCCUUCUGCUCAUUUUAUCAGCUCUUUUGGCCUAUGCAGGGAUCCGGAGAAGCCCCAGGAAUGCCUCCCUGUUGCCGUCCCUCUGCCUGACCAUCUCAGCCUUCUGGUGUGGCUACGGAGUGACCUUCGUCCUGGCCGGGCAGGGCGCGCUGGGCGACGCCGGGGACCUCCGCGAUGCCGUGGUGCCCGGCCUGGCCACCUUCACCGUGGCACUGCUCCUCGUGGCAGUGGUGGGAUUGCUGUGCAGAGAGCCCGUCCUGGCCCUCAUCUCCGGUGCCACCUCCCUGGCCAGUGCCCACGACGUGGCCACGCGUCACAGCCGCGCCUUGGGCCCGUCCGCUGUCGCUUGCAAUUACCUCAUCGUCUGCUUGCUGGGGGGGUACUUUGCCCUGGGAAGGAUCCUCUAUUUCCUGACCAAAGGAAAAAUGGCCCUCCCUGGCACGGAUCUGGCCAAGAAAAAGGGCCACGAGCAGACCCAAGCCGCCGGUGGCAGCACCAAUCCCUUUGCGGCCACGGGGCUGAUCCUGAACAUGCUGUGGGCCGGGGUUUUUGGCUGCAGGCUCCUGGGCAUCACCAGCAAACUCUUCAUGGGCCAGGUGCCCUGGCUGUGGGCAGCUGGCAUCUACCAGAUUGGCAUCUGCAUCUUAUCCUACCGUGCAAUGGAUGUUCUGAUGGCCACAUCCUUUGGAUUCACUUCCAUCCUCAAGUUUGCUGGAGGCUACUGCCUCCUGUACCCACUGUGGCAGCCAGAGGAGCCAUCACUCCCUACCCCAUUCCUGGUGGUUUUCUCCAUCCUUUUUGCCGUCUUGGCUCUCUUCCUCUCCCUCAAGAGCCCUCUGGACGGCUUGUAUUUGCUGGUUUAUGUGGCCUCCUGCCUCGCCUUGGCUUGCCAUCCCAGGGGGUUUUUUGCAGGGGGCCCCCAAGGUGUGGCCGUGGCUGUUUUCGUGGCCUCAGCCCUGGUGGCUCUAAUUCACCUGUACAAUGUGAAAGCAGGGGCCAAGACCCCCCCAGGGAAGGGGAAGGGGGCUGUGAAGGCCCUCCUCGCCCGCAGCAGUUUCCUGAAGCUCCGUGAGGGGCCAGACCUUCACGCUCCAUACCUGGGCUACUCCAAGUAUGCAGAUGCAGAAGCUCUCGCCUUUGCAUGCAGCGUCCUGGCUUCUUCUGCUCUGACGGCCCCAGGAGACCCCCAGGCUCCCCUUGCCACCGUUGUCAUUCCAUGGGUAGUGGUAGCUGGUGGGAUCCUUAAGCUUCUGGGCGGCUCAGUGGCCUUUGCCAGGGGUAAAACCCUGGAGAGCAGUGCCUUCAUCCUCCACGCCGUCAUGUGGAUCAUCUGGGGCUUGGCAAGAUAUGGUGGCCUCUAUGGCACCACCAGAAGCUUCCACUCGGCCGUGGGCAUCGCUGCUUUCAUGCUCUUCAACGGCUUCAUCGUCCUCUGCACCCUCUUCCUAAACAUCACCUGGUUCUUCUACUCCCUCACGUUCAUGCUGGUCGCUCUCAGCUUCUUCCUGGAUGCCAUCCAUGCCCUUCCCACUGGAUAUGACACGGCUGCCACCCUCAGCUUCGGGCUGGUCAGCUUUUACUGCUUCCUGUCUGCCCUUUCCAGCGGCACCUUCGAGGGUCCCUGCCUGCCCAUGGGAGGGCCCAUCGUGCAGCUCGGUGGUGUGAGGGGAGGGAUGAGCAAGUGCCUUCACCUGCCCGCCAGGAGAGCGUCCUCAGUCAAGAGGAUUGCAGAUAUCCUGAGGAGUGGAGGGACUUGUGGCAUCCCCACAGACACCGUGUACGUGCUUGUGGCCGCCUGCAACCGCCCCGAUGCCGUGGAGAAAGCUCACAGGUCCAAGCGCCAGGCUCAGGAUCGCCCCAUGUCCCUCUGGAUUUCCAGCCUCAAGCAACUGGAACCUGCCAAGCAUUUGUUCACUCCCCUCCUCUGGGACUUCAUGGAGGCUGCCUGGCCAUCUCCUAUCAGCUUGGUGGUUCCCAGAGGUGAGUGGGUGGACUUCCUGGGAAUGAAGGACUCUGCCAAAUACGUUGGGACCCCUCAGAGCGUCGCCAUCCGCAUCCCCGACUGCUCUGUCACCACGCACCUCAUCGACCUGGUCGGGCCCAUUGUGGUCACAUCAGCCAACCCAACGGGAGAGGCCGACACCACCCACCACAACCAAGUGUAUGCCAGGCUGGGAGACAAGGUGGAUGCAGUCCUUUGUGACGGGCCCUCUCCAGAGAACGUUGCCUCCACCGUGGUGGACUGCACCAAAAUCGACAGUGGGAACAUUGGGUUCUUCAGAGUCGGCCUCAUCCCCAAGUCUCAGGUGCUGCAGAUACUGGAGCAGGUGCAGAAGAAGCACCAGGAGGCCCCCAACAGCAGCACUGGCCCCGUGAAAGGCCGUGAGGAAGCCCUGGGUCGCAGCCACGCUGUGCCCAACGGGGUGGGCACGGCUGCCCGGGCGGAGACAGGGCCAGCACAGGCCCCUGAUGAUGGUUGUGAGCAUCACACCCGCCUCUGACUCCAGGCAGCUCCAGCGACUCCGUGCUCAGUGGGAAACCAUUUGCUGGAAAAUGACCUGUCACUGGGGACUGGGAGAGGGUUUCCAGCUGUGGGGGUGAUUCAUUCCUUUUUCUCUGGACACUGCUAAAGUAUCCCGGUGCUGACUUACAAACCACAGUCACCCAGGAGGACAAUUUUCACUGGACGACGCUGCCAGCUUUCACUGGAGGGCAGACAUGACCAAAGCAAGGGUUAUUUUGGUGCCAGGCUGGCCCCAGAGUGCCAGGGCUUUAUUCCUUUCACUGGGAGGUGAUUCCUUCGGUUUGGGGCACGGAGGGAGGUGAAGUGUUUCAGAGUUACAGGGCGGGGGGAAAACACUGCAUGAAACUUGAAUCACACAGUCAGUGAGGUGGGAAAGACCUUUCAAAUCAGCAAGUUCAACCCUUCCCCCAGUGCUGCCAAGGCCACCUGUGUCCCCAGUGCCACAGGAAGGGGGAGAGGGAGCAGGGAAGGUGUGCUCAGGUGCUGUGCUGGGGGUACAAUGGACUGGCUGAAAUAGGGCAGGCAAAGGGUGGUGAGAUGGGGAGUCUUCUGCCAUGUCUUCUUUAGAGUGGAGGUCACCUCUUCAGACCUCCAUCUGGGAGUCUUUCCUCUGCUGGGAGAACCCAACACUCAAAAGCAAUGCCAUUCCCUGGAUGCCAUCUGCUGUAUUUCACUGUCAGAGCCAGGCUGGAAUGACCUUUCUGGUGACUCCAACAAUAUAUCCUUAGAGGUGCUGGAGAAUUAGGGAAGACCCUCCCUUCCCAUUUUCUGCCGAGUGUGAAUUUCAGGAGGGCAAUUUCUAUGUGUGUGAGGAGGCCAGGAGCUGGUCUCUUGCCUUACAACCCAACUGGUCACAUCUCAUGGCACGUCUCUUCCAGAGGGCAGAUUUCACAGGAUCAGGGGGAGGAAUUCCAGCCACUCCAGGCAAUCAUUUGUCCUCACUGGGGGCCCAGUUUCUGUGCAAACUCAUGAAAUAUGGGGAAUAAACCAGAGGAGCUGGAGAUGUGCCCUCACCUGUGAUCUUGGUGGCAUCUUGGAGAUGGGACGGCUCCUGUGAUUGGAGUGUUGGAAUGGGAGGAGACUCUUUAGGAAGGACAGGCAGGGUAGACAAAUCCAGUGCAGAGUGGGAGCUGCUGACCAGGAGGAGGUGGAAAGAGAAUUUCAAACCUUCAUGAGGAGUUUUCCUUGGCAAACUGUUGCUUGUUUCACCUCCAAAAACUGCUGAUCUUAUUCUUACCUGACUCAGGUGCAAGGUGCUGAUCAAACUCCAGCUGAAACCAAGCCAUUGAGUCAUUGGUUUCACCUGGAGUUGUGCUGGAAUUCAAGGACAAAUGCUGUGCAGUCAGAGGAGCUCAACCUCUACAAACUACAGCCAAACCAGGUCUUCUCAGCUUGUUCUCACAGAGCUGGCUCUCUUCCUGCAGAGAAAAUUCCAGAUCCAUUGAGUUUGUUAAAUAAAAUUGCUGGUCUA